AGAGAGAAAGAGAGAGAGAGAGGGAGAGAGAGAGAGAGAGAGAGAGAGGGAUGUGGAGAGGCGGAGGGGGUGACCGUGGACAGAGACACCCUGCCACGCCAGUGGACUGCGAGGGAGGAGGACGUUCGGUGAGAGGAUAUAUCCGCGGCGAAACCAAGUGUCCAUCUCUGUUGCCCGCAGAGGGAGGGUAUGUCAAGACAUUCGAACGGGACGGGAGAUGAGACUCGAAGUGCUCCGGAGAUCCUCGUCAUCCUCUGAUCUCAGACAGUCCGCCUGUGAGCCGCGGGGCUUCGGGUCGCUGCGGCUCAAUUGCGGCUUGAACGAUUUCUUUUCUCGCUCUGUAUCUCAUCUGACUCUGCGGGAGCUCGGUGCGUCUCCCUCGCCAUGAGGGCUGUCUCGGCAAACUUGUUCGCGCUGCUCCUGCUGUGCGCACUUGCGAGUGUUCUCUACGUGUGGAGCCCGCUGGAGGAGCGCCUGGAGCGGCACACGCGGAGGCUCUCGGCGCCGGGCGGAGGGUCCCUUCACCACCAGGGUCUCCCGGCGGACCUCUCCGCCAAAACUUUCCGGGCAUUGCUCGCUGUCCCGGCAGCGCAGAGACCACACUUGGGCGGCAGACUCGAGGCGCACAACCUCAGCCACCGAGCUGUCCCCGCAGGAAGCGGAGGUUACCGUACGCAUGAGGAUGACAAGGGGUCAACGCGGCGGGAGGGUCCGGUCCAGUCGGGCUUCCCGGUGGAGGAUGGGAUAUUUUGGGCUGAAUGGCUGGAAGACCUCCGGCCCGUGGGCUUCACGGAGGAGUACGCUCGCGGUUGGCGAGAGAGAGCCAGGACGUACCGGGUGGCGAAGCUGGAGCCGGGAUGCGGCAGGAUAUCCAACCAGCUCGCCACUUUCGCGGACGGGACCAAAGCGUGUGUGCGCUACGGUAUAAACGCGGACCAGGUGCAAGGUGAAACGUUGACGUAUUACCUCGCCAGUUUGCUGGGCAUCACGAACCUGCCGCCUCUGGUCCUGUCCCAGCUGAACAGCGACAGUGAGCAAUGGGGGGCUGUGAGGGCGCAAAUCGACGGUUUGCAGUGGAGCGAGCGCGCCGUGGUUUCCCUCACCCAGUGGGUCUCCAACCUGACCGGGGUGGUCACACCUGCGCCCCUCAGACAGGAGAGCGGCGGGCUGCACCCUGCGCUCGGGGAGCUGCGGAGCAAGUCGACGGCGGAGCUGCUGGAGCUGUUGCAGUGGACCGACCUGAUCGCGUUCGACUACCUGACGGCGAACUUCGACAGACUCGUGAGCAAUCUGUUCAGCCUGCAGUGGGACCCGCGCGUAAUGGAGCGGGAGACCAACAACCUCCUGCGGACGGCCCGCGGUGACCUGGUGUUCAUCGACAACGAGGCCGGACUCGUGCACGGGUUCCGCGUCUUGGACAUGUGGGAGAGGUAUCACCGCACGGUGCUGAGCUCCGUGUGCGUGUUCAGGAGAAGGACCGCGCGGCGCGUCGCGGAGCUGCACGGGCGCGGCGACGCCAGGAAACGGCUGCUGGAGCUCUACCGAGACAGCGAGCCGUGGUCCGUGGACCUGGGCUUUCUGUCGGACGAGCACGCCGCUGUCCUCCAGGACAGGAUAGGCAGGUUGCACGAACACAUUUUGCAUUGCAAAGGCAAGUACGGCCAGCUGUGAACACCCAGCGCGCACAGGCGACGGAUUUGUGUGUCUGCACAUGGACAAUGAGCUCUGCCAACGCGAGUGGAACACUCCGAUUCAGACAACACAAACCAUCUUGAGUAUCCAGCUGAACUACCUCCUCUGAACGGAAUGUGUUGCCUACUUUAUGAAUAAGUCAAAUUUGACACGCGUUUAUAAAACUCCCUGCACAGAUUUCCACUGGAUGCCUCGCGGAGAGGAAUGAUUAAGGCCAUUUUUUAGCUCGUCUUGCUUCACUCCACUGAUGCUCACCUGAAUAGAAAUCAAUGUAAAGAGUAUUAGUAGUUGUGACUAUAAGGUGUCAUAAUGCAGCCCCCGUCUGUGUGUGUUUGUUUGGAUUCUUGCCUUUUUGUUCAGUAAUCCUAAUGAUAAACUCCUAGGCCUUAACAUGAAUUGACUCUUGAAUACUGUAUAUGACAUCUGGCUCGCUUUUUUAUAGAAAAUAUUUUGCACAGUACCUUGUUAUAGCAGCACCUGCACUCUUGUAAUUGUGUUUGGAAUUACAUAUUCAGCCUUAAAGUCACAGGUGUAUAUAUAUGUCUAUUGUACAUGUUGUAAGUACGUUGUAAAUAUUGUCCGCCGACCCAUUUUGGGAUAUUUGAUGCUCCACUAAUUUAAAUGUGCAUUGUUACAUUCCAAAACCUCUUCUUUUUUUUGAUAAAUGCACUAAUUUAAUUUAA